AAUGAAAUGUCAAAUGUGUCGACGGUCGGCAAAGCUGAAAUUAACAAUUUUUGCAUCUUAAAAAUUUACUGGAUUCUGGUAAAUGUUUUGUGUAUUAUGUGGACCUUUGUAAAAGUAAGUGUCAAAUGCAGUUAAAAACAAAGGUUCUCCUAGAAAUAUGCUAAAAUGAUUCCAUUAAAAGAUAAUCAAGAUGUCGCAUCAUUUCUUGUCACCAAACACUCAUGGAAGGGGAAGUAUAAAAGAGUGUUUUCUAUUGGAACUCAUGGUAUCACAACCUAUAAUCCAGAUAGAUUAGAAGUAACAAAUAAAUGGUUGUAUUCUGAUGUAGUCACAAUUUCCUCAUCAAAGCAUUCUAACUCUACCACUAAUCAUGACUUUACUCUGGUUAUGAAGAAGGAAAAGAAAAUAGAUUCCAUGAAAUUUUCCUCUGAACAUAAAUGUCUUAUUCUAACAGAAGCUUUUAAAUAUCGAAACCAGUUUGCUGAAAAACCAAAGGAUGUAUAUAGAUAUCAAGCCUACAAACACCAUUGGAGUGGUACUCGUCUACCUAUAGUGCUUGAAGUAGGACCCUGCUCUCUAGAACAACUGGAUCCCUCUACACACACACUACUCGCCAGCUACCCAUACAAUGAUAUCCAAGGAAUACUACCUGUUAAAGAUGUUCCCGGUGGUUUUGUGAUAGCUCUUGGGGGAUAUAGUCGCUUACACAUGUUCUCCAAUGUAAUGGAUCAUCAAGGAAUUGUAAAUAAAAUGUUGGAAAUGGCAAAUCUUACACUCAAUAUAAGCAUUAAAGUUCUAUCAGCCAUGAUCACACUUGAUGACUGCCACAAUCAGAGAUUUGGAAAGUAUAGUGGCGACCAACAUCAGACAUCUUUGAGUGAAUUUUUAGUACAUAAAGUGAAUCCUGCCAGACAUAUGGAACCAAUGCGGCGGACGUUGUGUCUAUCUGAUACUUGUAUUUUGGAAAGAGAUCCACAAACUUAUUCUGUAGUUUGUUUGCGACCGUUAAGCGACGUAUUUGCGUUGGUUCGAGACCCUGAUCAUCCACAAAAGUUUUCCAUCGAGUAUUUAAACGGACAAAUGAGAACUUAUCUUGCAGGAGAUAGAGAUGCAUUGCUAGCGUCUCUACUAGACGGUGUACGUGGCUCUGGCCAACGGGACGUACACGUACGUAUGACGCGUACGCCGCGCGGCUAUCGACUGGGCCCGUUACAUCAGCCCGUUGAUGAGGAAACAGAGUCAAAUCAUUUGCGGCUUUUUCAAAAUCCAGUGGGUAUGUCACGAGUGGAAGUUAUUGAACGUUUCAACUCUAACAUUGGAUACAGCGGCCUCAUAUACUCAGUCAGUCAAGACGCUCGUCCCCUGUUGUGGCUGUUUCUUACCUGGGAUCUACGUCUCUUUUCGGAGAACAAAGAAAAGUUGAUAACUGGUGCACUGAUCGCGUUGGUUAGUAGUGCGCCCUCUGGCUCUAAUCUCACGCCGCGUGAAUUGGAAGCACAGUUUCACGCACUAAGGCGAUUGUGCGCUAGCAAAGUUGGAUUCGCUGCGUUUACUGCGUUGCCUGGUUUUCGCGAAUGGAUAGGCAGUGCCGUUGUAUCCGCAUUGAGACGCGAAUCUGCCGCGUGUUCGCACGCUGCUUUAGAAGCUGUAUGUGCACUCUUGCAACCGAUGCACGCUGAACCCGAUCUGAGACAGGAACAGCUGAAUAAAGCCAGUAUGCUGUCGUCUCAGCCAUUCCUGGAGGGACUACUGUCUAUGUGGGCACAGCAUAUUACUGCAGGUAGUGGCGCCCUUGUAGUAGGAGCAAUGUUGGAUUUCCUUACGUUCUCGCUAUGCGUGCCAUACAGCGAGACAACAGACGGAAAACAGUUUGACCAGCUUCUGGAAAUGGUCGCUACAAGGGGACGGGUUAUAUUUAGACUUUUUGAGCACCCGUCUCAUGCGAUAGUGAAAGGUGCUGGACUAGUAACGAGGGCGUUAGUCGAAGAAGGCAGUGGUGGGGUUGGUACCAGGAUUCAAGGCCUGGCGUUAGCCGAAGCGGCCCUGCCCAGACAUUUACUUACAGCUCUAUACGACCAGACCAGACCGCGGCAUGGCAACUUGGCCAGACUACACCACAGGCAUUUGGCAAGACAUCUGGUUGCGUUGUGGCUGGUUGAUCAUCCACCUGCAGCGGAUUUGUUGAGGAGAAUUAUGCCAUCAGGUCUACUAGCGUUUCUAGAAUCGGCUGAUGCUCCUCCAGCGGCUGUCUUGGAAGAGGAAGCAUUGCAGGAACGGGAUAACUUACAAUUAGCUCAGGCGGUGACGAAACCACGGACGGGCAAACAUUGGGACGCUGUUAAGUACGUGGAGAAACAUUUGGAGCAUUAUGCCUCAAUGGCUCUUCAGCACUGGGCCCAAAGGGCUCGCAGUACGGACCCACGGAAGGAGAUACAAGCGCGUCCAGUAGUAUUGCGCAGACGCAGGGAACGACUUAAAUCAACUGCUAAUUGGCCUUUAUUCUACUACCAGUUUCAUAAGGAUCACGCUUUGCCUAAUCUCAUUUGGAAUCAUACCACAAGAGAAGAACUUCGGAAUGCCCUUGAAAAAGAGCUCCGAGAUUUCUCAGCUGAUAGAGAAGUAGCUGGAACUACUCUCACGUCCUGGAAUCACGCCGAGCUAGAGGUGCACUACCAGUGCCUUCAGAAUGAGGUCAAAAUUGGUGACUACUAUUUGAGGAUACUGCUGGAACAGAAGGAUAAUGAUGACAGUCCUAUACGGAAGUCGUACGAAUUCUUCAAUGAUCUCUAUCACCGGUUUUUGUCAACACCAAAAGUGGAAAUGAAAUGUAUGUGUUUGCAAGCGAUGACUAUUGUGUAUGGGAGGUACUACGAGGACAUUGGGCCCUUCGCCGACACUAAAUACAUUGUGCAAAUGUUAGAUAGAACAUGCGAUAGAAUGGAGAGGGAUAGACUGGUGCAGUUCCUAGCGAAAUUAAUAUUACAUAAAAAGAAUGUUAGUGAAAUCUUAGAAUGGAAUGGUAUACGAAUUCUAGUUGACCUCAUGACCUUAGCACAUUUGCAUACAUCGCGCGCGAUGGUGCCAACUCAAUCAAACGUCAUCGAAGGCCCAGCGCAGACGAGCGAUGGAGAUAGAGAGUGGUAUUAUAAUCUGGAGAAAGGAGAGAAGGUCGUCAGAAAGGGGCCUGUUAGUUUUCAACAGCUAAAAGAUCUAUACAAAUCAGGGGAAAUCAACAACAAGACGAAAUGCUGGGCCAACAGCAUGGAAGGUUGGAGAGCAGUGGCCGGUAUACCACAACUCAGAUGGAGCAUCGCCGCUCGAGGACCACCAGCCCUCACUGAGACGGAGUUGGCAGCGACUGUACUUGACUUACUGAUAACCUGCUCUAAGUAUUAUCCUAGCAGGGAUGAAGAAGACGCAGUAAUAAGACCUCUGCCGAGGGUGAAGCGGCUGUUAUCGGAACCGGCUUGUUUGGCGCACGUCGUACAACUCUUAUUGACCUUUGAUCCUAUACUUGUGGAAAAGGUGGCAACACUGCUAUACGAAGUGAUGCAGGACAACCCAGAAAUUUCGAAGCUGUACCUCACCGGAGUAUUUUACUUCAUGCUCCUCUAUACAGGUUCUAAUUUAUUGCCGAUCGCCCGGUUCCUGCGACUCACGCAUAUGAAGCAAGCCUUUAGAGCAGAUCAGUCGACGUCAGAUAUAAUGCAGAGAUCGAUUCUUGGUCAAUUGUUGCCUGAGGCGAUGGUCUGUUAUCUGGAGAAUCAUGGCUCUGAGAAAUUCGCCCAAAUUUUCUUGGGCGAGUGGGAUACGCCUGAGGCAAUAUGGAACUCCGAAAUGAGACGCAUGCUUAUAAUGAAGGUAUCAGCGCACAUAGGGGAAUUCACGCCGCGGCUAAGAGCACACAUAGCGGCCCGUUACCCGUACUUGGCGAUCCCAGCUGUCAGAUACCCUCAACUCAGUCACGAGUUGUUCUGCAAUAUGUUCUAUUUGCGCCAUUUGUGCGACGAACACAAGUUCCCGGAUUGGCCUAUACCGGAUUCAGUGGGUCUUCUAAAGGACGUGUUAGAAGCGUGGCGUCGCGAGGUAGAUAAAAAGCCAGCGUCGAUGACAGCGGAACAAGCGUAUAUGGUGCUGGGGCUGAGUGGGAGUGGGCCUCAGGAUGAAGCGGCUGUUCGGAAAGCCUAUUACAAAUUGGCACAGCAGUAUCACCCUGAUAAGAAUCCCGAAGGACGGGAUCGUUUUGAGGCCGUAAAUCACGCAUACGAGUUCCUCUGCAGUCGCAACGUGUGGUCGGGUGACGGACCGAACACGAAUAACAUUCUGCUCAUAUUACGCACUCAGACCAUACUGUUCAAGAGAUAUUCUGAAGUACUAGCCCCAUACAAAUACGCGGGCUACAAACAACUCCUGCGCACCAUGCAGUUAGAGACAGAGGGUGAGCAAUUGUUCGCGGAACAAGACGCAUCUGUGGCAUUGUUGCCCGCUGCUGCUGAACUUGCGCAUGCGACUGUACACUGUUCUGCCUUGAAUGCGGAGGAAUUGUGCCGCGAGGAUGGUUUACAGGUUCUAAGUUCGGCUCUGUCCCGCUGUGUAUCAGUGUUGGGUGGUAGUAAAGCGGACAGUACAGCGGCCCGCGUGUGCGCACAUUGCGCUCGUAGCUUCGCUGUUGCUGCCGGUUUUCCUUCUUGUCGGGCUGCUGCUGCUGCUCUGCCAAAUCUUGCUGCAGAUCUAGUGCCAUUGCUCAAACGGCCGCAAUUGGGUGAUACGGCAUGCGCGGGCGCCGAAGCUGUUGCAGCGUUAUCAGCGGAACCGACGUGUCGCGUUUUACUGGCGAAGGCCGGUGCCGUUCACGCGCUGUUGCCGCCCGUUCUGCAGUACGACUACACGCUCACCGAAAGUGGUAUGGACACGGAGAAAGCGUCUAGCAAACAGGAGAUCGCUAACCGUCUAGCAGUACAAUGUGUACGCGCAUUGUCCGCAUUGUAUGGACCUCACGAAGAGACUUCCCCAAUAGACGACAGUGUUAAAGAUGCCCUUCAUCUUCUCCUGACACCAUACCUUUGCUCCAAACUUGCCAAUCCUGAUACGCAUGAGCUCCUAAAAACCCUAACAUCCAACUGGAGAACGCCAUAUCUUGUAUGGGAUAACAGUACAAGAGCAGAACUACGAGAGAUGCUUCGCGAUUAUCGCUACUUUAGUGAUGAUGAACCUCUUAUAACGCCAUUCGAAUAUUCUGCCCAUGAGCGUUUGUUACUUGUUGGUGGGGUCUACUUACAUAUAUACAAUGAGCAGCCAGAGUUUACUAUAGAGAAUCCUCAACAAUUCGUUUUAGACUUGUUGAAGUUCGUAGAAAGCGAAAUACAAAAAGACUUGACGGAUGAAAGGGCAGAACACAUCACCCUUGCGUUGAAUUCGCUCGCCCAUUGUAUUAUUAAGAAUCCAGGCGUAGAAAUACAAUGCAACGGCCAGUUCGGUUUAAUCUUCGGCCUUUUAUCUGCUCGGUCCCACCCACCGGUUUGCAUUGCGGCCCUCCGCUGCGUCUCGGCUACGGCUGGUUGCCGCGAGUGCGUCGAAGAUGUUGCCGCGAGCGGCCUUCUGGGACAUUUGUUGCCGCUCCUUGUGGCCUCGCAACAGGUUGAGGCCGUGACCGCCAUGUCCGCUUUGCUUGCCAGUACCGCGCUUGUUAGAGAGGCGUUGGCAAAAGGGGCUGUGAUUUACCUUCUAGACCUCUUCUGCAAUAGCAAAUUACCAGAGAUGAGAGAGGCUGCUAUAGAUUUGUUAGCUAGAAUGAUGUCCGACAAGUUGCAUGGACCUAAGGUCCGCCUAAGUAUAUCCCGGUACGUCCCGGGCGUGUUUGCCGAAGCCAUGCGGGAAGCGGGGGGAGUGAGUGCCGUUCACAUGUUUGACGGUAGUCACGAGCAUCCAGAACUUGUGUGGAGCGACGAGUCGAGGCAACGGGUCCGCCAACUUGUUGCCCAGCUUAGAGAUCAACACUUCUCAAGACAAGUCCGUGACCCGUCCGUGCACUUUGAAGACCGUGAAGCAAAUGACCGAGGCGAAGUACGGUGGGCGCCCCCUGGUGAAAUCGUAGUCGGAGAUGUAUACCUCAAACUCUAUCUACAGAAUCCUCAUUGGUCUCUACGAAGCCCUAAGAGGUUCCUACAGGAACUGCUCAGCGAAACUGUUACGGCGUUAGCUAAGGAUACUUCAGAGGGCAGUCGCGGUGACAUAUGCGCGAAGGCCUUAGCGGUAUUGGUCCGAUCUCAGCCGACGAUGGCGGAGGCUUGUGCGCAGUUGGGCGAAGUGCCGAGACUCACCCGCCUGCUCACUUCGUGUCCGAUACACGCCGUGCCCGUACUGGCUGCGUUGGCUAAUUCACAGGCGUGUGUAGCGGCGUUGUCGCAAACUGAAGUGAUGUCAGGGCUAAAGACGGCUGUGAAGAGUUGUCGCGAAGUGGUCGGCGGUGCUUGUGAGGCGCUCGCUGCUAUCUUUAACAGCUCGGCUAAUACCGAUAAAUUAGUUUUGCAGGCUUUAGACUCAGACCUAAUAGGAGAGCUUCUAUCCCUUCUAGAAAGUGGUAUAGAAGGUGAAACAGCGGCAAGACUAGUGAACGCCCUCAAAGCGAUGGCCCGUUCGAACGCGUACGGCGAACGCGUACGUACAACGCUGGCUAGAUCACGUGUGUGGGAACAGUAUUCUGCGCAGAGGCACGAUCUGUUUAUUACGUCUGCGCCUAAUCAACAUUCGCUUACAGCGGCCCCUCAUUCCGCGGGUUACUUGACAGCCCCGCCCGUCAACAUUCCUGCGCAGCCGCCGCCCAUCGACUGACGCACGCACGUCUCCCUUCUGGCGCAUCCUCUCUAGUACGCUUUAUCCUAUUAAUAUGUUUAUUCAAAUAUUUAGAAACGGACUGAUCUGGAUGGAUUUUUUGUAAAAAUGGAUACCGAAUCGUUUUGGAUAUAUUCGGACGACAGACGCGUGUUACGUGACAUUUUAUAAUCACGUGGUUUAGAAAAAUUUCAUGUUACUUUAUAUUGCACAUUAAAUUCUAAA